UUCUCUGUCUUGAUCUUCUCUGUCUCACUCCGGCUCUUCUCUUGUCUCUUCCUUUCUGUUUCUGUCUCUAUCUUGUCCUGGCCUCGCUAAUCUCUCGAUCUCUUACUCUCAGUCUCUCAGUCUCCCUCUCUGUCUCUCUGUUCUCGCCUUCUGUCUCUGUCUGUGAACCACAGUUGACCAGAGCCCCUGCCCUGAGCCUGUUUUCUCCUCGCAGCCUGACCACACGAUGACCAGGUGGGCUCUGCUGGUGCUGAUGGCCCUGAUGUUGGGCAGGAUCCUGGUUGUCCCAGCGACCCCUGUCCCAGCCUUCCAGCUCCUCCCUCAGAACUCUCCCCAGACCACUCCCUGUCCUGUGGCCUCAGCUACCAUCUCAGCUACCCGGGGCCACCCCAGCCUUGGUCCCCGCCCUGGCCCACGCAUCACCCUCUCACUGGAUGUCCCCAUCGGCCUCCUGCAGAUCCUACUGGAGCAAGCCCGGGCCAGGGUGGCCAGGGAGCGGGCUGCCACCAAUGCCCGCAUCCUGGCCCAUGUUGGCCGCCGCUAA